CAGGCAGGCGGCGCCACAAGUUUAUUUAUACAUACAAUAAAUUAUACAAAUAUACAGUACAAUAUAUAAGAAUAAUGGGCAAGAAUGUCCAGUGUCAUUGCUAGUUGGUGAAUGGAUUUUGUGCUGGGGUAACCUGGGAACGGGGUAUCUACAAAAUUAUACUAAUAAGAUGCCGAAAUACCUAUUGCUUCUAUUCAUCAUCAUAAAAAAUUAUGAAGUCGCACCCUUGCCCAGCCAUUUUCUCAAGCCGAAGGACAUAUCCCCAGUUGACACUCACCAUCGGGUACCAUCAACCCAUAAUUAUAUACAACAAGUGGCAAGAAAGAAGAAAGGACCAAACAUACCGUACCAGACUUACUUCGUACAGAAUCUGCAUGUUAUACCGAUAUCAUAUCAAGUUCAUACCGAAAAUGUUAAUCGAAUGCAAGGACAACAUAACUUUACCCAACAUAUCCAGCAAUUGAUACCAGUUUUAAUACCGUUCCAUAAUUACGUACCGGUACAUGAUCUAACGGUAAUACCGUUGCACAGGGUGCUAGAAACGAAGAGUGGGUACGGUGAAGACGUAAACCCGUAUAGGAAUCCCUUGGGUGGGUAUGGAGCCGGUUCGUCCCUCGGGGGUCAGGGCGCAGGCCAUGGGUUUCACUACACUAAUAAUUAUUUUAUUUAAGGGUUUAUCAUUAGUAGUUAAUUAAAUAAAUUAU